AAGUUCGUCGUCAUCAACAAUAAUAAACCGCCUCCUCAAAUCAAUAGAGACUGUGUCGUAAGAAGCCAUUCUCAGCUGCUGCUGCAGGUGCUGUGUGGUUUCUGACGAAAAUGGUAGAAUUUUAAUUCUGUUCAUUUGGCUUCCAAAACACAACGACUAUCAUUUCUCCCGUUUUUAUCCUCGAACGCUUGCUUCUUAGUGUGCUAGCUACCUCACAAUGCCACGCUUGUUAUUGGGAGGCUCCUCCUUGUUGCUCUAACGUUGACGGAUUUACUUCUUCUUUCGGUGGCUGACCUACUGUUGUAGGUCAGAAUUUUAGAAGCUUUCCAGUGAACGCACCACUACCGCUACAUUUCAGACCUGUCAUGGAUCAAUGCUCGAAUGUGGGUUGUGUGAACCUGGGCAGUCUGACCAGUACCCUGCCGGUGAUUCCCUACCAGAAGCUGACAGACCUGUACUACCUGAGCAGAGGCGGAUUCGGCACUGUGUUCAAGGCGCAACACUCGGACUGGAGGACCACCGUGGCAAUCAAGUGUUUGAAGCUCGACUGUCCUGUGGGAGAAAGAGAAAGGAACUCCCUGCUGAAGGAAGCCGAGGUGCUGCACAAAGCCAGGUUCAACUUCAUCAUCCAGAUAUUCGGCAUCUGCAAUGAGCCCGAGUUCUUCUGCAUCGUCACUGAGUUUAUGAGCAACGGCUCUCUCGACAAGCUCCUCCACGAGAAGGACACAUAUCCAGUUUUGGCCUGGCCUUUGCGUAUAAGGAUUCUGUAUGAAAUCGCGCUUGGUGUUAAUUUUCUCCACAACAUGAACCCACCUCUCUUGCACCACGACCUAAAGACACAGAACAUAUUGCUUGAUGGUGAAUUUCAUGUAAAGAUUGCAGACUUUGGUCUUUCAAAGUGGCGUCAGCUUUCUGUCAGUAGAGGCUCGGGGUCCAAACCCACUGAGAUGGGCGGCACAGUGAUCUACAUGCCUCCUGAGGAGUACGAACCCUCCAAGAACCGGCGGGCUGAUGUGAAGCACGACAUGUACAGCUAUGCCAUCAUCAUGUGGGAGGUGCUGUCCAGGCAGAUUCCAUUUGAAGAAGUGACAAACCCCAUGCAGAUCAUGUUCAGCGUGCUGCGCGGCACACGUCCGGACACAAGCAUGGCGAGUUUGCCCGCAGACAUCCCCUGCAGGGAGACCCUGAUCGAUUUAAUGAUCAGCGGCUGGACGGCGAAUCCCGACGAACGGCCUUCUUUCCUCAAGGUUUUGAUUGAGCUGGAACCAAUGGUAAGACACUUUGAUGAAAUCGACAUUUUGGAAGCUGUGCUGCAGAUCCAGAGGUCAAAGCUGGGGCCUAGAUUGAGUUCAGCUCAGCCGUCAUGUGAGGUCAGGGGUCAGGAGGCGUCCUUCGACACACUGAAGAGCAGGCCCAGCCCCUGGACACAGAGCUCCACGUCAGGAUCAGGCUCUUGUUCUUCUCAGGACACAGACAUAUCUCUACCAAGAGUCCUCAUCAGCACUCCUGCUGCAGGGGCUAAAGCGUCUCCCACUGAACUGCCGUCUUCGCUCACACCUCCCACUCUGGAACAUCCGGUCUCUUUGGUGGACCCCUGUCAAACGUUUGACAACAACUUUGAUUGCUACCAAUCCGCCCGGCCAAUGAAUGACUUGAAUCGUGUGAACCCCGUGGCUGAGUGUGACAAACUCAGCAUCAAAGCGCAGCCUCAGCCUCCAGAAUAUUUCCCUCCAAUGCAACACUCCACGGCCUCUAAAGGCCCCGUCGCGCAUUGGAUCUCGACACAUCGCGAGGCCAUCGUCUCCCAGAUGACCGAGGCGUGCCUGAACCAGAGCUGCGACGCACUGCUGGCCCGCAUGAUGCUGAUGCCAGAGGAUUACGAACUGGUGAUAAACCAGCCCACCAGGGCCGCCAAGGUCCGUCAGCUGCUGGAUAACUGUCACAAACACGACGAGGACUUCUGUCGCAUCGUCGUCCACAAGCUGCACGACAACAAGCAGACGGGUCUCCGGCCGUACCCGGUCGAGAUCACCUCCCCCACCACAGCCUUAGUCCCUAGCGCUCCACCGACGUCCAUGUCCUUGAAUUUAACCAGGAACAUUUAACAGCCAAUCAGAGCCAAAUUCGGUUUUCCCUCCAGGGGGGAGAAAACUGAUCAUCAUUACCACCGUUUUUUGAAUAAGUUAUUUUUUAUUGUUGGAUUUAAAAGGAUGUUGACUGAGUCAAUGAUUUCAUUUUGAAAUAUUUGGGAUCUAUUAAGGAGUUUUAUUUAUUCUUAGGAUUACGUUAAGAUGAUGUGGCGAUUAUACACCGACUGGUAUAUUCUGCCUUUUUUAUUAUCGAUGUGGAAUACUGCUUUAGUGUGUAUGCAAACGUACUGGUAGAAAUGUCUUCAUUUGAACUCAGUUGAUCUGAGACGUUAAUGGGUGACUGUCAUCAUCCAGCUAACAAAUGAUCCGAUUGUUUUGUAGUAUUUUGGUUUUAAGGGCUGUGGUGUUUGCUUUAGUUUCGAGGUCAGGUAAGACUUUAAUAUGCAGGCAGAAUAUUUUUAGGGAAUUUGCUGUUGGUGUUAGCUUACCUUUGCCGCGACAGUGCUAAAAUAGCAGAUUGCAGUCCUUAGCCUGUGCCUAUACGUAGCUGUGCUAGUUAAAUAUUGAUUUUAUAAAAUUCCAAUCCUGGUCCUCACUCCACCAGGGGCUUUUUCUUCUUUAUAAAUUCAACGGCUGACCUUUACUUCCUGUAAAGGGGUCCCUGUAGAUAAACACAGUGGGAUAUACUAUACUUUACUGACCAGUUAGAAUGACUUCUGCAUAGUUCUCCGCUUUGUUUAAAUUUUUUUUUUAAUAAGAGACUCUUCGAGGUUUCUGAUGUUCAAAGUACGCUAGGUAAGUACUACUCUUAUUUUAAUAAUAUUUGUCGGGUUACUUCAAAUACAUGUGGCUCUUUCAAAUGCUCUAAGGGUAGUUUGAAGUCACCAGUUGCUGUGCUACAAGUAAAGGCAUUCAGAUUCCAACAGAUUCAGUGUAGCAGUUACACAAGACUAUUCCAGUCAGUCGUAGUAUUUUGCAUAGUUCCUACAAAUACAGAAGCAUUGUAUUUUUAGUCAUAAUUUGGUUGGAGCUCAUUUAGUUUAAACUGUGAACAAAUACUGGCGAAUCAGAUCCAGAUGUCCAUGUUAAAAAUGUAGCAGCAGUCAGUUAAAACACUCGUCUGUGUCUUCAGCAUUAACUUCAUUCAGACUCUGCGUGAAGUCUAACUCUUGUGCCAAAUCACGUUGUCAAGAAACACGUUCAUUUGCACCGGUUUCUUCUCAUUUUGUCGCGAUGGUGCUAAAAAUACAGUGUUGUAGCUGUAAUUGGAGUGGUUUUUUUUGGUAGCACUUUCAUUGCAAAAUACCCUUUGUGACGUUCUAAUGUUUCUACAUCAGAUAUUCUCAUUUUACACUUGCACACAGUCCAGUUGUUAUUAGUAAUUGCCGUUUUUCUAGAGAACAGGGUAGGGCAUGGGCAAACUAAGGCCUGGGGGCCGCAUGUGGCCCGUUCAGCUUUCCAAUCCGGCCCGCCAAAUUUUUUUGAAAUUAUAUAAUUUCUUUAUAUUAUCAUUAUACUUCUGCAUUUCCCCUGCAACACCUACAUUUCCCCAAUAGAUGGUGUAGAAAAUUAUAAAUGCAUUUUAGCCUUUAUGCAUUUUACUUGUCAUUUAUCUUGUAUAUCUAUCUCUCGACAUAGAACAGGAGAGAACACUGGGUGACAUCAUUAAGUUCAGGCCGAUUUGACAGAAACUAACUGUACUUUUACGGCUUAGUUUAUUCGUAGCUCUUUUGUGAGCAAAACUGAUUUUAUUUUCAUACUCUGUGUGUCAAACGCAUUAAAAUUGAAACUCUUUACGA